CUCUCUCUCCGUGCAUCCUCCCCCACAUUAACAGCUUAGCACAGCAGCAGCAUCAGCGGCUCCUACAGCAUCCAGCAUCCAUCCCUGCCCGCCCGCCUCUCUGCCUGGGGAGCAGCAGUCCUACCCGGCGCAGCACCGACGCACGGAGGGGGCGCAUCAUCUAAGUGAUGCCACAGCACCAGUCGCAUUUCAGCAACUAAUACUGAGAGUAGACCCCAAAAGGAAGGGAGAGAGAAAAACGCUUCAGCCACGAAGACAGCAACUGCCCAUGAAGAUGUCUAACGCUGACAUCGCCUUAAACGCCACCGAUCGGAUGGUGAAAUCUGUCCCCUUCCCCUUGAGCCACCGCCUUACAUUGAAGGAAGUGUUUGACUGCGAAGGGAAACCUCGCGUGGAUCUCCUGAAGGCCCACCUCACCAAGGAGGGCCGCGUAGAGGAAGCCGUGGCGCUUCGAAUCGUCAACGAGGGAGCAGCUAUCCUGCGUCAGGAGAAAACUAUACUGGACAUCGAGGCACCAGUCACAGUGUGUGGUGACAUCCAUGGGCAAUUCUUUGAUCUUAUGAAGCUGUUUGAAGUGGGAGGAUCACCAGCCACAACACGGUACCUGUUCCUCGGGGACUACGUUGACCGCGGCUACUUCAGUAUUGAGUGUGUUUUAUACCUCUGGUCGCUGAAAAUCCUCUAUCCAAAGACAUUAUUUUUACUUCGUGGAAAUCAUGAAUGUAGACAUUUGACAGAAUAUUUCACCUUCAAACAAGAAUGUAAAAUCAAGUACUCAGAGCAGGUCUAUGACUCAUGUAUGGAUGCAUUUGACUGCCUUCCCCUGGCUGCACUCAUGAACCAACAGUUUCUGUGUGUCCAUGGUGGACUCUCACCUGAAAUACACACCUUAGAUGACAUUAAAAAGUUGGAUCGGUUCAAGGAGCCGCCGGCUUUUGGGCCCAUGUGUGACUUGCUGUGGGCUGAUCCUCUGGAGGAUUUUGGCAACGAGAAAACCCAGGAAUAUUUCAGCCACAACACAGUGCGAGGUUGCUCCUACUUCUACAGUUACCCAGCUGUAUGUGAGUUCCUACAGAGCAAUAACCUAUUAUCAAUCAUCCGAGCACAUGAAGCACAAGAUGCAGGCUACCGGAUGUACCGUAAAAGUCAGACCACUGGAUUCCCAUCUCUCAUUACCAUCUUCUCAGCACCAAACUACCUGGAUGUUUACAACAACAAAGCUGCUGUACUGAAAUAUGAAAAUAACGUCAUGAACAUCCGACAGUUCAACUGCUCACCCCAUCCAUACUGGCUGCCCAACUUCAUGGAUGUCUUCACCUGGUCUCUGCCAUUUGUUGGAGAGAAAGUCACAGAAAUGCUGGUGAAUGUGCUGAGCAUCUGUUCUGAUGAUGAACUAAUGAAUGAGGAAGAUGAGAUCUUUGAUGCCAAUGCAGCUGCAGCACGCAAGGAGGUGAUCAAAAACAAGAUCCGUGCUAUUGGGAAAAUGGCCAAAAUGUUCUCAGUUCUCAGAGAGGAGAGUGAAAAUGUGUUGACGCUUAAGGGCCUGACACCCACUGGCAUGCUGCCGAGCGGGGUUCUCUCUGGAGGCAGACAGACACUGCAGAGCGCCACCAUUGAAGCCAUUGAAGCCAUCGAGCCGAGUGAAGAAGAAGCCAUCCGUGGGUUCUCCCCCCAGCACAAGAUCACCAGCUUUGAGGAGGCUAAGGGCCUUGACCGCAUCAACGAGCGCAUGCCACCUCGCAGGGACGGGGUGAACCAUGUGGGUCACUCCAUGGGAAAGAUGAAUAUGUCAGAGGAAAACGGCACGGAUGACAACAGCAACAUCCAGUGAUGUCUGAGCCUCAGAACCGUGCCGCUGUUGCGCUUUGCAGCAAGACAUUGCCAAAUCGGGAAUUCAGGCCUCAGAGCAUAGAAAUAAACCAGGCCCACAGACAGAACAUGAAACCUGCAGCAAAUCUAAAAACGGGCGAAAACGGUCAUUUUUUUCAUGACAGUAUGUCAUCGCACA